GAACUGCUUGACUCACUGGCUUGAACUCUCAAUAACGCCUAUGUGGCCUGGGCACGACCGUCUCGUUCUUUUUUUGCCAUCUUGGCCGCCAUAUUGUUGCACGUGUGAAAGGCUUUAAAGACGAAAAUUAGAAAUGACUAACCCAAAAGGAAAACGAAGAGGAACACGUUAUAUGUUCUCAAGAGCGUUCAGAAAACAUGGGCCAGUCAAAAUGUCAACAUACUUGAAGGUUUACAAGAUGGGAGACAUUGUUGAUAUCAAGGGUGAUGGUGCUGUACAGAAAGGUAUGCCUCACAAAUCAUACCAUGGUAAAACUGGACGAGUGUUCAAUGUGACAAAACGUGGUUUAGGCAUAAUUGUCAAUAAGCAAGUAAAAGGCAGAAUAUUUGCAAAAAGAAUCAAUGUCAGAAUUGAGCAUGUACGUCAUUCAAAAUGCCGCGAUGAUUUCUUGAGACGUGUGAAGGAAAAUGAUCAGAAGAAAAAAGAGGCCCAAGAAAAGGGAAUAAAGGUUAACUUGAAACGUCAGCCUGUGGCGCCGAGAGAAUCCCAUUUUGUAAAGAACCGAGGAAAGGAACCAGAACUUCUUGAACCAAUCCCAUAUGAAUUCAUCAUCUAAACAAUAUGUUGGCAAAAUAAAAUAUCAGUUCAGAUAA